CCACUGGGGGAUGAGGGCAGUGAUGGUCCCUGUCGCCUUGGAGGACAUUUUACCAAAACUAGAGUCCAUUUAUCUGCCAGAAGCAGGAACUGAUCUGGAAAUUGAUGUCCCGGACCUGGCUCAGCUGAACAGUGGGGAUGAAGGCAGUGAAGGUCCUGAUGUCGUGGAGGACAUUUUACCAAAACUAGAGUCCAUUUAUAUGCCAGAAGAAGGUUUGUUCCUAGGAGAAUACAAUUUACAGGGGCCUGAUCCGGAAGAUGAUCUCCAGGAACUAGCUCAGCCAAAUGUUGACCAGGAGGGCAGAGAUGGUCCUGAUGUCACGCAGGAGCUUGUAUCUAAACUAGAAACCAUUCACAUGCCGGAAGCAGGGGAAGGGCAAGCACAGGAUUAAGGAAGAUGAGCUGAAAACACGAAAACUACCACGUGGGAUAUCUGACUGUGAAAAUUGUCUCAGUAAAGGUUUUUUGCUUUCCCCAACGAGCAUUACCAAACUUUUGUUAAAUGUAUAUCUAAGUGUUUGAUAGUAUUGAGAAUUGUCUUGUUUUUUGAAAUUUUAUAUCCUGAUUGAAGUUGUAUAUACAGAUAUAUCUUCACACUGGUAUUUCUCCAGCAACCUUGCUAAAUCUGCUUAUUAAUUCUGAAAGGUUCUGUCUAGAUCCUUUUGGAUUUUCAACAUGCACAGUCAUAUCAUUUGUGAGUACGAGCAGAGUUUUCUGCUGUUUGAAUUGAAACAUGUUGUCUUUUUUUCCCUUUUCUCAUUUUACCACAUUGGACAGAGCCAGCCAGUACAGUGUGAAUAGAAGCAGUAAUAGUGGGCCAUCUUUCUCUUCUCUUUCAUAGGAAAUGCAGGAUUUCAACAUUUCAGCAAACUACUGUGAAGUAGAGGAAGUUCCACUCCAGUCCUGGUUUGCUAACAAUAUCUAUCUGCAAUAAAUGUUGACUUUUCAUCAAACACUGGUGCAUUAAUUGAGAUAAUUGAUCUACACCUUAGUGUCAUAUGUUUAGGGUGCUCAUGUAUGACCUCCGGAGUGACAUUAGCAUGUGCUUUUAGGUCCUGCACUUUGGUACAAGGGUUACACUAGAUUCCUCAAGUGAACUCCUCUGUACAAACUCUUUUAGUCUCUGGACGGGAACUCUGUG